CGGCAGCUCCUCUCACAGCCUGCACACUACCAACCCAUCGGAGGAGUUUCAUUACAGGCUGCUGAUCUACUUCCCCUCUCAGCCAUUGUUAGCUGAUGGAGAGGAAAUGAUGCAGAGGAAGCCCCCGGCUCCCAGCGUCAUGUCCCACACUGAUAACAAACCCUGCUAAUUUUAAAGCGGAGGGGGAGGAAGCACGACAGAGAGAGCUUCCUCUGCAGGAGAAACUGCUGCUCAGUCUCAGAGAGAUUUGGGGUCUCAGGGUCUCAGGGUCUCAGAGGGUCUCAGGGUUUCUGCAGACCCCCUCAUGUGGAGUUAUGGCACAAAAUGAAACGCACCCUCUGCUGGAGAUACUGAACUCCUUCAACCUGGGAGAUAUGAUGCUGGCCUUCUGCCUGUCAGUGCUGGUGGGUCUGCUCCUGGGGGCCCUGGUCUACGUCCUACUCACCUGGGUGUCUCGACGUAAAGCCACCGCCCGGAUCACCCGGCGGCCCCCCAAGAGGCCCGGCCCCUUGGACGCCGCGCAGGGCCCCCAGCUGUACCGGAGCACCUUCCUGAGCGUCUGCCGGCAGCCCUCUCUGGAGCCUGUGGGGCCCCUGGGCAGCAAGCCACCCGUGGAGGCGUCCACCUUCAGACCCGUGAAGAAGAGCCGGCCGGGUCUGGAGAUGGAGCUGGGGGAGGACACGGAGGACAGGGGGGCCCCGGACCCCCCCGAGCCCAACAAGAGACACUCCUUCUGGCUGGGGACUAACGGGCUGAAGGGGUUCCUGCCCACGCAGAGCCCCCCCCCACCAGCAUACGACUCCAUCAUCAGGGCCUUCGAAGAGACCUGCACAUAAACACACACACACACACACACACACACACACACACACACACACACACACACACACACACACACACACACACACACAAACUGGAGAUAAAUAUAGAUUUAUUUAGAUAUGAAGAUUUUGGUGCAAUUUAUUUUGAACGGAACAAAUAAAUAAUCCGACUCUAAAGAAAUGAUGCGACAGUGUGAGUCCUACAGGGACAGGCAGAGACCCUGCAGGACUGGGUCCUUUAUAGAUGAACCUGCAUAUUGUUUCUCUAAAGUAAAGUUGUAAGGUUGUCUCUGUCUGUCUCAGAGUCUCAGAGUCCCAGAGUCCCAGAGUCUCAGAGUAUCAGAGUCCCAGAGUCAGUCCCAGAGUCUCAGAGUAUCAGAGUCCCAGAGUCUCAGAGUCUCAGUCCCAGAGUCUCAGAGUCUCAGAGUCUCAGAGUUUUAGAGUCCCAGAGUCCCAGAGUCUCAGAGUAUCAGAGUCCCAGAGUCAGUCCCAGAGUCUCAGAGUAUCAGAGUCCCAGAGUCUCAGAGUCUCAGUCCCAGAGUCUCAGAGUCUCAGAGUCUCAGUCCCAGAGUCUCAGAGUCUCAGAGUCUCAGAGUCUCAGUCCCAGAGUCUCAGAGUCUCAGAGUCUCAGUCUCAGAGUCUCAGAGUCCCAGAGUCUCAGAGUCUCAGAGUCUCAGUCCCAGAGUCUCAAAGUCUCAGAGUCCCAGAGUCUCAGAGUCCCAGAGUCUCAGAGUCCCAGAGUCCCAGAGUCUCAGAGUCUCAGUCCCAGAGUCUCAGAGUCUCAGUCCCAGAGUCUCAAAGUCUCAGAGUCCCAGAGUCCCAGAGUCUCAAAGUCUCAGAGUCCCAGAGUCCCAGAGUCUCAGAGUCUCAGAGUCUCAGUCCCAGAGUCUCAGGGUGAUGAGUCUCAAAGUCUCAGAGUCCCAGAGUCCCAGAGUCUCAGAGUCUCAGUCCCAGAGUCUCAGGGUGAUGAGUCUAACUGUCCACAGAGAUUCACUUUAAUAUAGACACAGAAGAUAACAGAGACUUUUCUGAACGAAACAUUAACAGAUUUCUAAAGUAGUUGUUGCAUAAUCACUUAUCUUUAUCUGAAGCUGGAUUUACUGACCAUGAAGCUAAGGAAACAGAUUGAUAUAUUAUCUAAUAUCCAAAUAAAUAAAGAUUUAAUGAAUUUAA